AUGGCUGGCGGAGCUGCCAGUCAGGGCCUCUCGGCCAAGCGAGCAGAGCUUGCUGGCGGUAAAGUCGGAUGGCGCGGACUUCUGGGCAGCAAAAAGACAUUCGGAAUUGCUCUUUUUGCGUCGCUCGGUGGAUUGGUCUAUGGAUACAACCAGGGAAUGUUCGCCCAGAUUCUCACCAUGCGAUCGUUCAUCAAUGCGACCCAAGGAUAUGCCGAGAAGCCCUCGACCGCUCAAGGCAUGCUCACCGCUAUUCUCGAGCUCGGUGCAUGGCUGGGUACUUUGAUCAAUGGAUAUCUGGCCGACGCGGUAGGCCGACGCGUCACUGUCGUUAUCGCGGUAGUUAUCUUCUGUGUCGGUGUUAUUGUUCAAGCUUGUACGGUUAAUCCCGACUUCGUCUAUGCCGGUCGGUUUGUGACGGGUUUGGGUGUCGGUAACCUGAGUAUGAUCGUGCCACUAUACAAUGCAGAACUGGCUCCUCCAGAAAUUCGUGGAUCCUUGGUAGCGGUCCAGCAGCUGGCAAUUACCUUUGGUAUCAUGACCAGCUUUUGGAUCGGUUAUGGAACAAACUACAUCGGGGGCACUGGCGAGAGCCAAUCGAUUGCGGCAUGGGAGAUCCCUGUCUGUAUCCAAAUCCUCCCCGCUCUUGUUCUUGCUGUCGGAAUGAUGAUGUUCAUGCCCCAGUCGCCUCGGCAUCUGAUGAACCAAGGGCGGGAAGAAGAGUGUCUGAGCACAUUAGCCCGUUUGCGCGAUGCUUCGGUCGACGAUAUCUCGGUGCGCAUCGAGUUCUUGGAGAUCAAGGCUCUUCGGAUGUUUGAAGUGGAGACGGCUACCAAGAAGUAUCCCCAGUAUCAGGAUGGCUCGUUCAAGAGUCGGUUUAUGAUCGGCGUCAACGACUAUGCCUCUUUGGUCACAGAUAAGUCGCUUUUCAAACGGACAUCUGUCGCGUGUUUGGUCAUGGUGUUCCAGCAGUGGAACGGGAUUAAUGCGAUCAACUACUAUGCUCCCCAGAUCUUCGAGGAGCUCCAGCUCGGAGCCAACACCACUUCUUUAUUGGCAACUGGAAUCGCCGGUAUCUUUGAAUUUGUUUUCACCAUCCCCGCCGUCCUCUGGGUCGAUAACAUCGGUCGGAAGAAGAUCCUAAUCGCUGGUGGCAUCGGAAUGGCCGUGUGCCAUUUUAUCGUCGCCGGCAUCAUCGGCUCGUACCAAGGCGACUUUGACAACCACAAGGCCGCAGGCUGGGUGGCCGUUGUGUUUGUGUGGAUUUUUAUCAUCAACUUUGCCUAUUCAUGGGGCCCCGUCGCGUGGAUCGUGACCUCGGAAGUCUUUCCACUGAGCAUGCGAGCCAAGGGAGUUAGUAUUGGUGGUAGUAGUAACUGGCUGAACAACUUUGCCGUCGGCUUAUCCACGUCUCCAUUCAUCCAGGCAUCCAGCUACGGCACCUUCAUCUUCUUCGGUUGUGUUACCACUGUUGGUGUGCUAUACGUGUGGUUCCUCGUUCCCGAGACGAAAGGCCGUACUCUCGAGGAGAUGGACGAAUUGUUCGGAUCGGGGAGCACGGCCAUGGAGGACGAGGCUUUGAAGCGGCGGAUUGAACAUGACAUCGGCUUGUUGGCGCUGAUAGGAGAGGAGCCUAGUGAGAAGGUGGAGAAGGUUAUGCAUGAGGAUGAUGCGCUCGAGCAUAGAGAGAAGUUGUAG